CGUUUUGGGGUUUGUGCUGAAAAUGCGACAAGACGAGCCGAAUAGUUGACUGGAAAAUAAUCGACAUUUGUUCAGAGAAUAAAUAGGCUUCAAAAGCUGGGAAGUCGGGUCAUGGAAACCCCCAGGAGGAGGAAGAGAAGGACGCAGGCGGUGAGAUGGAAGUUACUGAGGAGCUCGCUGCUGCUUUGUUUAUUCACAGGAGGUACUGAAGCCCAGUGUGAAGGCUGUAUAGAGUACUGCUGCGAUGGAUCGCCACCGUUCUGCUGCUCCUACUACGCCUACGUGGGCGACGUCCUCUCGGGCACUGCGAUCUCCGGUAUCGUGUUCGGCGUGGUGUUUCUGAUGGGGGCGGUGGCGGCCUUGUUCCUGUGUGUGUGUAUGUGCAUGAAGAACGGGAGGGGAGCCAGGGUCGGUGUUUUCAGCACCUCCUACAUCAACACUGUGACCCAGGGAUACCCAGGUCCUCCUCCUCCGUACCCCUACGACUACGAGAUGUACCCGCCCUCUUUGCACCCACCACCUUACACCCCGACUCAGCCCCAGCCGGCCAACUACUCCCCGCCUCCUCCGUACCCUGGCUCCACCCGCAAGUGAAUCCCAGGAGCCCAGAUCAUCUACCCGGACCGUCUAAAGGAAGCUCUGAUGGCGUGGUUUUGAUUGUUGCUAAAUGGGUUAAAGACAGUUUAGAGGGUCCGUAACAAAAAAAAGAAAAGGUGGGCCAGUGCAAUAUGUUUCAGCAGGCAGACUCCCAGCGUUUACAGGGUGUAAAUGUCACUGUAUUUUUUCUGCAUGGCGGUUAAGUCUAGACUGACUGCUGUGAGUGUGUGUGUGUGUGUGUGUGUGGGGGGGGGAGGGAGCAUAAUCCCCACCAUGGUGGUUAAGAGAGCACCCAAACAUGUCCACAUUCUGGAAGAAAGUUGUUAGCAGCCUGCAGCUAGUACUUUCACUUGCUAAUAACAUCCCAAUAUCCUCGCCGUCCCCGCCUGUGCACAUCAAAGGCACCACGCCGCUUUGAUGGAGGUGAAGACCGUUUCUGUCAGCGUGGAGAGGAACCAUACAUCACUGGAGGAGAGGAGUCGUCCCAGGACACACUGUCCACUCUGCUUUGAUUGGAAAGUUAAAAAAAACUGGAGUUCUGCGAGUGGCUCAGGGUGGAAGUGGAUGACUAACGCUGUGUCCAAACACGUCGGGUCUGGACCUGUCGCACGGAGACUUGAAUAUAAAUGAAUCAUAACACUGACUUUAAGGACGAGUAGAAAUUAUGGUUCAAAUCUGUAUUGAACUAUUCUUUCUUUUUUUUUUUUACCUUACUUGAAACGAUACAUUGAGUGAGAAUUAAACUCAUUUUGCCUACAGCUGAACGAGAACGUUUGUUUUUCAACACAAUGGAAGUGAAGCAUCAGAUGAAAUGCUAUUUAAGGAUUGAUAAAACGUUGAUUAUAGAAAAGGGAAUAAAUCCAACUAGGAUUAGAGCCAUGUCUGAACAUUCAUACAAGUUAUGUUACUUU